AUAAUUUCAAUUUCUUAACAUUGUUGUAUGGUGUUUUUUUUUUUGUUGAAAUCUAUCUUGUAUAGCGCCACUUGCACUAUCCCGCUAACCCGGGGUUAUUCGAUUAAACCGCUGCCCCAUUGACAAAUUGAACUGGUAACCAUGGUAACUCCAGGUUUAACCGGUUAACCACGAGUUAGUGGGAUGAUGCAAGUGGCGCUUAGUCAUGCAAAAAAUCAGAUUUUGAAUAUGGCAGUCAAAUCGUUUUAUAAAAAGGACACUUUGUGCGUGACGAAAAGUUGGGUUGAUUCUUUUUUUAAUACUACUUCGUUGGCAAAAAGCAUACGCCCCGCCUGAUGGUAAGCAGUCGCCGUUGCCUAUGGACACUCCAGAGCGUUGCCGACCCUAACACUCCGCACCUCGUAGAACUCUGGCAACCUUACUCACCGGCAGGAACACAACACUAUGAGUAGAGUUUUGGCUGAAGGCUGUUAAUGCGCAAUUCAACAGGUCCUCUAAAGAAGAUUGGAACCAUCUCAUAUUGGAAUGAUGUCAGAUUCGUGUUAUAUCAGUAUCAUAUUAUAUUGUUGGAAUUGGCCUGUAAGUUUUAUGAAUAUAGAUCGUGUCAUUCACGACGACGCAUGCCUUAACUCGUAAUGUGAUGUCAUUAAAGGUUAGAUUAGACAAAUCUGCGCGUCAUCAUCGAGGGCAUGAACUAUAAGGGAAGUGAUGAGCGGAGAAAAUCACGGGCAACGGCUAUUCUUUAUUCAAAUACACAUCGAAACUAUUAACUCACCAUCGAUGGACCCUAGGGACUUGGCAAUAAGGUUUAAGAUUGACAGUUAAGAAUAGUACCUUAAAUGCUCGCCAGUGCAUACAGGGCAGGGUGACACAGGUCGCUAAUUGUUUUGUCCAAGGCUGGGAUUGAUGGUCAAACGAAUCAGAUUUAAACGAUACUGGAUUUCGUCAUACCUUAGACGAAGUGGGUUUUUUUAUAGAGCUGACGUGUUUAGUGAAGUUUAUUCCAUAUAAAAUAAAAGAAAUAUAAAUAAGACAAAUAUUGAUUUGAUUGUUUUUGGACGAUAAACUAGGACUGGCAAUUGUGAGUGAGAAGAUGGCAACCGCACUCAACCUUAAAAACUUCGCUUCAUGGGAUCUAUCAAAAAGCAAAUAUGAGGAAAUUGACGAGCUACCCCUCAUGCAGGGCCCUGGACCUGUUCUCAUGAUCUUGGCUAUAUACCUGCUCUUCGUAUUGAAGCUAGGACCGGCCUUCAUGAGGAAGAGGCCAGCGUUCAAGCUCACUCGCACGCUAUUUGCAUACAAUAUGAUCCAGGUGGCCAUUUCGGCAUAUUUAGUACAAAAGUAUUUUCGAGCAAUAUUGGAACUCGGUCUGGUACCUAGGAAAUGUCACAUGGCUAACGAAAGGCUAAGAAAGGAGAUCGUCUUCGGAAUCUGGUUAUACUUCGCAGCCAAAAUCACAGAACUUCUUGACACCGUCUUCUUCGUACUCAGAAAGAAAGACAACCAAGUGACAUUCCUCCAUUUGUACCACCACUCAAUCAUGAUGGUCGGAACUUGGGCGUUCUUCAAAUACUCGCCGUCAGAAACGGUGUUGUUCAUCGGGUUCCUGAACUCGUUGGUACAUGUGUUCAUGUACACGUAUUAUGGCUUGGCUGCGCUGGGACCUAAAGUGGCGAAGUAUUUGACUUGGAAGAAAUAUAUGACUACGUUUCAGCUGGUACAAUUUAUCUCCAUCGUCGCUCAGUACCUAAUCACAGUAAGACUAUCAGAGUGCCCUCCUUCUAAAGGCGUCGCUAUUUUCAUUGUCUGCAACACGUUAUUCUUUCUAGUCCUUUUCGCUAAUUUUUACAAGCAAAGCUAUAUUAAGAAGAACGCAAAAACUAGAUUAAAUGUUAGUAAUCCUUUAAGUAUUUGUAUGAUUCAGGAGAAAGAUGUUAAAGUGCAAUAAUCUAAUUUUUAUACAAGGUGGCCAAAAAAUAUGUGCAUUCCCGUUGCCAGGGAGGUUUUGGGAUUAUACUGAGCAACUUUUACUAUGGCACCAACCCCGAAAUCGCGAAAUUUUUUUUACUCUCCCAUAGUAAAUGGACCAGCUAAAAUGUAUGAAACAGCCAGAAAAAUUUAUCGCGAUUCCGGGGUUGGUUCCAUAGUAAAAGUUGCUCAGUAUAAGCCCAAAACCUCCCUGGCAACGGGAAUGCACAUAUUUUUUGGCCAGCUUGUAUAGCUUUUGAAAUUACCAGUAUAUUUUAAGGUUUAGGGUCAGUUGCACUGAGCACUGUGUCAAUGACGUCGUAACUGGAUCAAAAUUAUUUUCGUUGUAUUGUUUUUUUGUCCCCAAAAUAUGUGACGGAGUGGAUCUUUUUGUAUGCUGUGAAAAGUUCUUAAUUUUUCUCAAAAGAUUUUAUUUUAUUUUAUUUUAUUUAUUAAGGUCUCCAAACAGUUAUUACAUCCAAUACAUUUACAUAAAAAAAAGAAACCUACAGUGAUGCAUAACUAAUUAUAGGUAAACACAGCAUGCAAAAGAAAAACAAUUUCUUACUUAACAUAAAGUAAAAGUUACAGGUUAAAUAACAAAAAUAAAUUAAACUUGUGAAUACUAUAGAAUUAUAAUUAUAAACAUUAUAACCAACAGCUAGAAAGACGUACAAUAAGCACUCAACUUUUUUUAUUGAUAAAGUAGACGACCGGUCUGUCCUAGUGACGGUCCUGGGUUCGAAUCCCGGUAAGGGCAUUUAUUCAUGUGAUGAGCACGGAUAUUUGUUCCUGAGUCAUGGGUGGUUUCUUUGUAUGUAUUUAAAUAUUUAUAUAUUAUAUAUAUCGUUGUAUGAGUACCCUCAACACAAACCUUCUUGAGCUUACUGUGGGGCUUAGUCAAUUUGUGUAAGAAUGUCCUAUAUAAAAAAGACAAAAGUAGAAGCGUGACAGAGUGGUCAGAAAUAAAACAACAAAAUUAAUUUUGAACCAAGUAUGUAGUUAAAAUUAAAUUUGAUAUUUUUGGUGCAACCCUCCCUUACCAAUAUAAUAUUAAAGAAAACGACGUUACCACAAGAGCCCGAUAUAUAACUUGUAACGGAUUUGAUCCUAUUUUGAUAUGACCUUGACGAUCGCUCAUGUUGACUGGUACAUAAAGAACGACGAAGUACGAAAUAAAGAUAAUUCGCAUAAUGUAUAGAAAGUAAGUUACGCACUCGCUAGCGAAUUUGUUAGUACCAAACUGCUGGUACGAUCACGUCUGAAAAAUUCGAUACGUAAAAAGUGCCAAAAAUAUGUGUACACGACUUUAUUGCCCAUAUAUUAAGGUAGUGUAUACAUAUUUUUGGCACAUUUUUCGUACCGAUAUUUUCAGAUGUGACUGUAGCUGUACUGGUGGCUUUUUAUUUUUAUAAUUAAGAGGAAUUCCUAGUUGCGAUUUUUCCAUACAAACGCUCUCGACUGUUUCCUCCCUGGAUUUUUAACCUAGAGCAAUCCUUUUUUUCAAAUACGAUCAAUAUCAUCAAUAUCUGUGCCGCUAUGUUUUGCUUUUUUGGAUUAUUUUAUUUUGAAGAAACUUACAGCGCCUCGAAAAUCGCCAAAACGGCUCAAUUGAAUUAGCUGCAAAGAAAGGCGUAUACAAAUAUGGCAACAAAUAUCCAAAAAAUCAAAACAUAGCGGCAUAGAUUAUUUCUUCCUCUUGCAGUUUCCAAAAUUUCAUAAUGAUUGGUUGCGUUUUGGAGGAGGAAACAGUCGAGAGCAAAACCUCAAUUUUUUUUUUGCAUAGGAAUUUUGGUCCGAGCUGCAGUUGUCCUUAUCGCACGCACGCUAACAUAGCUUCAAAAAUUCGAGAUUUGAAAAGUUGCUCAGCUAGGAAUUGCUCUUAAUAUAAGUGUUACACUAAGAGUAGUACUAGUGUAGUGUGUGUGUGUGUUGUAAGUGUUAUUUUAAGUCUAAUUAGUAUUUUUUUUUUAUUAUUAUAGUUAUGCUCAAUUAUUAUAAGUAUAAAAGGUUCAGUAGAAAAUGUAUCAUCGACAUUAAAGUAAAUGUGUACUAAUUUUAAUAAUAAUUAAUAACUUUAAAAUGGUAUAAAAUCUGUGACUAUACUUUAUUUAAGUUAAAAUAAAAUGAAAACUGGAUGUCAUGAAAUGAUCUGGUUUCAGAAAAUAAAAAGUAUAUUAAAAAUUUGUUAUUUUUCUAUUUUUUAACGGAAAUCAUUCGCGUUGCAUCUGUCCCCGUAAUCCCUUCUAGCCCCAUUUUACGGUAUUAUAGAACACACAAAAACACAAAUUGAAUAAGACACGUAAA